AUGCAGACAAAAAAAACAGCAAAAAAAAAAUCGGAGCCCUCAGGAAUAUUCUACAAACGACCCGAGGUCGUGGCGUUUCCACUCCAAGGAGUAUUUCCUACAGCAAGUAUCGAAAAUGCGGAGAUUGUUUACAGCGAACUUGGGAAAUCAGCAUUUUUACAGUCGCCGGAUCUAAUUUCCCUCAAAGCAAAUGAGGUUCGAUGGAGCAAAGGAAACAUACGUGUUGCACGGUAUAAAAACGGCUCUAAAGCGUAUGGACAUUUUCUGGGAAGGGUAGAAGUCCUCUUAAAUGGCACCCUGAAAUUUAUCACCACAACAAGCAGUGAUGAAGCGACAUACAGCUGCGAAAUAUUUAAUGAGCAGGGACACAAACAAGAUGGCUGCACAUUUACAUUGUCUUUACUUGAGAAAGUCUCAGACCCUGUCUUGGACAUCACCUGUAAUUCUCCAGAAGAAAUCAAUAUAACCUGCAGUGUGGAGAACGGAACAAAAAUCAACUUAACAUUACACAGUGACUCACUAACUGAAACAGUUCAAGGCCAUCAUUUAGAGAGAAGAUUUUCCUUUAAAAAGACAGGAAACAAGACCUAUAUCUGCAUUGCUAAAAAUAAAAUUAGUGAAGCUCAGACGGUAAAAGUGAAUCAUUGUGCAGAUAAUGGAACACCAAAUAGUUAUAUUAAAAUUCUGUUAAUAGCAGGAAUAAUAGCAGGGGCAAUGAUCAUAUCAUUUGUUCUGCUUUGUUUAAUUCGGAAAAGUUGUCGAUCGCGAAGACAAGGACAAAGAGCAAAGCCACGUCCAUCCCAAGGAGAACGGAAAGAAAUUACAGAAUCAAAUUUUGUGAAUCAAUCAAUGCCGCCAACAAUACCUGCAAGAGAGCACCUGGAAUAUAGCAAACCAUAUCCACAAACAAAAUCCCGACCAGCCCAGGAAUUUGGAGAAAGAAUGGAUGAAAAACAGAGAGCACGUAGAGCAGAAAGAACAGAUGGAGGCAGGAGGGGCCUGAGAGAAGAUAGGAGCCCAAAGGCAGGGAUAGCACCAAGAGAAAAGGCAUAUCAGGGAGGGACAGCACAGAGAGGAGGAAGAGCACCAAGGAACGAAACUCUUGAACGAAAAGGAGGGAGAGGGCCACUGCCUAUCCCACCUCAAUGAGCCAUCAAUUUUGGCUAAAAAAAUAGUUGCUUCAAAAAUAUUUUUUUCUAUUGAAAAUAUAUACAAUUAAAAUUAUUGUCUCUUCAAAUUCAGCACAUGGUCUUUGGGUUUACUUCUACAUUGACUGAAAUUUUCUGUAGGUCGCAUGUGAAAGAUCUAAAUUUUCAAUAGUAAUUUUAUAACUGGCUUUCAAACUUUAAGACAUUUUUUACUCAGUUUACAGAAAUAUAAAUGAUAAGGGUUUUGUUCUUGCAGUAAUUGUUAUAAUUUGGAAAUUUGUUAUUAAGUUCAUUUUGUAUACAUUUUAUAUUUUUAUAUAUUUCGUAUAGAUUCUGGUUAAUUGUGCCAUUGGUCAAUGGGGACAGCCACUUAUUUUGGCCAACACUUAAAUUAUAAACGCUAAUCAAGAAAUAGCCAGGACUUCCUAUGUUUAUUUGGGUCAUUAUGUCACCUAAGUGAGACAGGAAACUGCUGCCGAAGUUUCUAACUACAGCCAGCCGCAUUGCACCUGUGUGACUAUUAAACACUACACCGUGCUUAGAGUGAACAAUUUUUAAAUAGCAUCAGUUGCUUGUGUUUAUGUCAAAAAGCAGUGAUUUUUGCCACCAAUAGUUGGUGAGAAAUAAAGCAGCAAGACAAUUCAGAUCUCUUUUGCUCACUGAGGUUUCAAACAUUCAGGGUUGGAGAUGCCAGAAACAGCUAGGAGUGAAAACGAAAUGAUUUUACAACUUCAACAAAUUAGGAACUAUAAAAACUAGAAGAUAUCGACAAUCAUCUUGAAUGUUAUAAUGAAAGUGAAGAUUUGUAGGAUGCAAAUUUUGAAAGCAUUAUAUGAAGGCAGUCCAUUAUCUCCACUAGGUGUCUGUGAUGAUUUUGUUCAUUUACAGUCACUGAAAAGAACAUGGCAGCGUACACAAUGAAUGAAUUCCUCCAUCAAUAACUAUUAUGAACUACAGUUUGCUAGUACUGUAGUAUUGUUAGUGUUCUUAAUUGCUCUGUAUUUUAUUCAAAUACAUAAUUUAUUACUCAGUUAAAUGGUAAUUUGUCUUUUUGAUACAUUUUUAACUAUUUCCAUGAAAUUUCUGCUAAUUGGCCAGCCGCUUAAUUGGGUUAAAAUAUGUUGGUCCCAAUGAGUCCCAAUUAACCAGAAUCCACUAUAUUUUUAUUAGUAACUAAAAACAGAUUAAAAUAUUUUAAAUAAAAUCAUAAAAUGCUUGAGGUGUUUUGACAAAAAGUCAUUCAAUCUGUGUUUGGAUUUUCCAAUGAGAAGAUUACAUUGUGCAAUACCAUAAAUUGGACAUUCAAGUAAACCUCUGCUUAACCUGGAAGAAGUGCUGGUCGCUGGAUGGUAGAAAGAGGUAAAAAGCUGGCUUUUCUAUUUUCUGCAGUUAAUAAGGAAGAUGAAGAGUGAACCAUGGAGUAACUGUGGGGACAAUGCAUUUGGUAUGCUGAGAGUGGAGGAGAGGAUAAGUCACUGGUUAAGUAAGUGGAGGUUAUGGAAGAUGAUCUGUUGAAUGUGGGGGCAGGUGAAUUGGAAGGUUAGGAGAAGGAGAACACCAUCCUUGCUCAGUAAGGGAGGUUAGGAGAUGAAACAAAAAAUGUAAGUAAUUGAACAGGGGAGUUGAGAGUCUUGAGAGAAAAAACAGUCAAGGAGAAAGGUAUCCCAGAACCACUGUUGUGGUAAGUGUUAUAAUCAGAACAGGGAGGACGGUGAUGGAGAAACUGGAAGAGUGAAAUGGAAGACUUUCAUAAACAGGGAAGAAAUUUAGUUGAGAUGGAUGCUGGUUUCUGCAACUUGUUGUGGAUAUUGGUUAUUAAUCCUACAACCUAAGACAUGAAUAAUGAUAUCAUGGUGGAAAAGGGAAGUGUCAGGAGUGAACCAGAGGAAAGUGAGAUGAGAGUAGAAGUUGUCAGCAAAGUUACUGAAAUUUUUGAGCUCAGCAUAAGAAUAAGAAGGAGCAGCAAUGCAGUUAUCAAUGUACUGAAGGAAGCUAAGAUGCAGGAGACAGAGUAGGACUGAAACAAGGACUGUUCCAUGUAUUUUGCACACAAACAGGAAUAAUCUGGAGUUACAAAACUCCCUGUUGUCACACAUUUGAUUUGGUGAAAGUGAGUGGAGUUAAAGAGAAUUUGUUCAAUGUGAGAAAAAGUUCAGCCAGGCAAAGGAGGAUGGUGGUUGAGGGGGACAGGGUGGGCCUCUUCCGAAAAGAAGCAGGGAAACCAAGCUGUCCUGGUGUGGAAAGGAGGGAUAGAAGGAUUGGAUAUUUAUGGUGAGAAUGAGCUGUCAUUGUCCAGGACAGAGAAAACCUGUUAACGUGGUGAAGGACAUUAGAGGUGUCUUGGAUUUUCUGAGUUGGAGAUUGAUCGCAGAUAUUUUAUUUUAAGCAAAUCCUCUUUUUCUUCCUCACUACUCUUCCCCCCCCCCCACCCACUGCCACCUCUUCUAAUAUUGCUCUACAUUUCAACACUCCCCACCCUGAUUUCCCUCAAUGUCUUGAUGCCUCCGACAAACUGAAGACCCGAUCCUUCGCACUGCACAAUGCAUACCCCAGGUCCACCACCACACUGCUCCAGUUAUCCUGGAUCAAUGCAACUUCUCGCACUUACCUAGUAGUUGUAUACUUAGGAGAGGAAAGUCUUGUGCAGAUGUAGACCUGCAAGACCUUCCCUAUAGUGCACAGUGCUUUCAGGUUUUUGCCAACAGAAUUUAGCAACAGGGGUGGGUGGUGGUGGGUGUUGCUUCAUGCAAUGUGAUAACAGGCAUCACUUUCUCCAUAUUAAUAAAGAUAUGUUAAAAUUCUAGAUCUUCAGCUUUCAAUAAUGUUGGAUUAUGGGCCAUAUCAGUUCAGCUCUUGAACAUUAAUAGUGAUUUUUAAUUCUACUGGUGCUAAAUAGCACAAAAAUAUUCUCACAAAUAAUUACCACUGUUGGUGCCAUGCAUCUGUUCUCCAUCUGCAUUGUAUUCGGAGUUGCAUGUUUAUUUAUGGUAAUUAGUCACAUGAAUGAGGGCAUAGUUAAAGCAAAGUGAAUAAGUGACAUACUUGUGGUUUGUUUGAGAGUUUGGAGCUGAGGGCCAACAGAUGUCGUCUUUUUGUUGAAUGCUUAGUUACAACUUAAUUUAUGCUUAUUUAAACUCAAGUAUGGUUAAAUUUCAUUGCUUUAAAAUUGUAUGUUUGUUAAUUGCUAAUAAAGGAUCAAAUACAUAUCUUUGACUUUGGUGCAAUCAUCAUUAGAGUGAUUGGAGGGCAU